UAAGGUUAACCAAUAGAGAGAGGCGUUUCUGAUCAUGCGGGAAAACCGAACGUGUUGAUUGGUCAACGUGAUGCUUAAGCCCCUCCCACCACUGAGAUUUGAAACGCGCAUAGAAAGCAGACGGAGGGCGGCAGCGAAGCAGAAGAAACGUUAAAGUUCAGACAUUUGGCCCCUGAGCUGCAGACAUGGCUCCCACCAAGAGAACCACCAAGCUGCAGAGCAACAACCCGAAGAAAGCCAAGCUGGAGGCUUUUCUGGACGACUUUGACAGCGAUGUGAAGACCCGGCUGGUCCAGAUGAAGGAGAAACUCAUCCAGCAGCUGAAGGACGUGGACAACAGCUACAACGUUGAUCUGCUGAAGCUGCCCAAGGCGGUGAGGAAGAUGCCGUGGAUGGAGUUCUACACUGACCUGGACAACCUGAAGGAUCCAGAGGUAGAUGAUGCCAAGAGUGAAGAGGAGACAGCCACCAUGGAGAACGUUCUGGAAAAGGCCACCGCCGUCCUCAAAUCGGUGAAAAAAACCUCCAGGAAGAAAGGCGGCGCCAAGUCCAGCACUGAUGAUGAGAACAUUCUGAGCUCCUCCAGGAAGGGCCGAGGAGCCAGAAAACCUCCGUCUACAGCAAAGAGGACCAAAGCUGCGACCAUCAGCAAACAGAGCACCACCAUCAGAAGAUCCAGCAGGAAACCUCUGGUGACGCCCGCCAGGAACCUACUGGACUCGUCUCUCUUGAUGGGACCGACUCCUCUCAUCACGCCACGCUUCGACCCCAGACUCCCAAAGACCCCCGCCAUCAGAGUCCCCCGCCACAAAGAGAGGGUCUACAGCAUCUCUGUGAAUGGCUCCCCCAUCGCCGCAGGAAGCCAGGACAUCAUCAUCAACGUCCCAGUGGGGAACGGAGAGAGCGUCCAGCUGCUGGCCAGUGAGAUGGACUCUGUGGACCUCAGUCUUCUGGACGAGACGGCCUUGAGGAGCAUCCGGCUGCUGCAGAACCGCCUGACUGCGCUCUGCGGCUCUUCGGAGUGACGAAGCCAGAUGUUACUAGAGAACCUGCUGUGGCGACCAGGACGGAACAGAACCAAGCUGGUUAUUCCCAGAACCUGAACCCGUGGGCCUGGAUCGCCGUCUCAGCGGCUUCUGUCCUUUUUUAUUUUUUUUUACGAACUUUAAGUUUAUUCUGAUCUUGGAACUUUUGUCUACAGAACUUCUUUGUCUUUGUUGAAACCAGAUUGUUCUUGUUGUCUGAAUAAAUCCAGCGUGGUUCUGUCA